AUGGCUACCUUGUCUGUUGAACAACAGAUCAAUCAACUGAAUGAUGCUCGGAAACUUGUACUUUCAGAUGCAAACUAUUACACACAGAUCAUUCAAGGAAUACUACCAAUUAUUGGACCGUCCGCGAGGGUAGAACUAAGAAGAUGGGGUGCCGAUUUUCUCGCAGAGACCUUUUCAAGUCCAACCAUACCUUCGUCGCAGAAAGAAACUCUGAGCUUGAUUGUACUUGAUACUUUGAAGGAUAUGAUUGAGAAUCCGCACGAAGAUAGUGCGGUAAUUAAGAGUAUUGUGCAAACUGCAGCUAGCAUAUACCCACUCGUCGUUCGAUGGAUUAUUAACAAUCCUUACGAUACACCAACCUGGGAUCGCAUGGUCGCAAUUAAAACUCGAAUACUGCGAAUGUGGGAUGCUGCUAAGCCAGGAAUAAGAAUAUGCUGCAUAAAAUUUGCGCAGAGAGUUGUCUUGGUUCAAACAACAGGCCCUGAUGCAGAUACUAGACGCAGUGAUCCUCUCCAGGUAUCUUUGUCUAUGGUGCCUCCGAAUCACACCCUCCUCCCUCCCCGGAACCUCGAAGCGGAAGCGUCAGGUCUUCUCGAUAGACUCCUUGCUGUCUUCCAAGAGAAUUCUAGCGAUGCUGUACUUGUUGAUGCCACCCUGAACUCCCUUUCCAUCUUAAUCCGAGCCCGUCCUCAUAUUGCCAAUAAAAUCUUGAAUGUUCUCUUAAACUUCAAUCCUCUAAAACUAGCCAACUCCCCAAUGACCCCCAAACUGCGCGUUAUGGUUAAAUCUAUGGAAAAGACUACUAGGUCACUACUCAUUCAUAUCAGCAAGCGGGACCCUCACAAUCCACUCAAUGGACGAAUUCAGCAAUAUGUCGAACGAAUGAUGCGCUCCAAAACGGAGAUAUUUGACGAGGCAAACAGAAAGCGUGGACCCCCAGAGCCAGUAGACGGUCUUGACUCUGCCAAACGACAAAAGCUCGGCGCCCAAUUUACAUCCCCUGCUCCCGAUCGACUACAUAUACCACCGUUAGCACCUGGAAAUCAUACAAUCGCCGAGCUCUUUACCAUCACAACUGAUGAAGCUUUGAAGGGGUUUGAUGUUGCACUGUUAUCAGAAGACCUAGUCGUUAAGAUUGGCAUCACAAUCCUUCAGAAGAUAGAUACGAACACUAUUGAACAAGCUAUUGGCGGCGUGAAAGCAAGGCUUCAGGCUCUCUCGGAGCCUAGGUCUGAAGAAAUCAAUGCUGCAACAGCUCCACUGGGCGUAGAAGAAGACGAUGAUGACUACGAACCCGAUUUCUACAAUGCUGAAGACACGGAGCAAAUCUUGAAUAAACUAGAUAGUUCACCACCCGAAGAGCUUAAAGUGGAUAUCGAGAAGGUAGCCAAUGUGGCCCUUGGACCGUUCACGUUGCCACCCCCUCCAUCCCUGAAUUCCGAGGAGGCGGCCCUGGUUGGCCAAGGUACUGUUUCUCGAGUCUUCGGUGUGAUGCAGACCUUAGAUGAACCCGCGGCAAGAAAGACAAAGGCUGGCAUAAAUAGACUGGCAGCUAGUGCAUAUGACCGAGAUGCGUGGAUUACCAUCAUUACACGCCUCGCAACGCGUGCUGGAGCCGGUCUCGAAGAUCCCUCCGAAGCUGUCAAAGUGGAAUCGUCAGAUGUUGAACGAUUAUCAUUAAGUAAUACUAUCCGACAAUCUCUUCUUGUAUACAUUCUUGAAGACUUCCGAAAGCGAAUCGACAUUGCAGUUGCUUGGCUGUGCGAAGAAUGGUACAAUGAUAAAGUACAAAUGAAGCUUGACGAUGGGUCAGCAGUGCUACAUUACGAGAAAUGGACACUCAAGGUCUUAGAUGGAUUUUCUCAAUAUCUUGAUGCAAAGGAUAAAGUCUUGACUAGAUUCUUGAGCGAGAUCCCUGGGUUGAGUCCAGAGGUGUUGAAUAAAAUCAAAGGGCUUUGCAAAAAUCCAACAAUGGUCAAUCUGUCACUAACUAGUCUUCUCUACUUGGUUAUGAUGCGACCACCGGUCCGAGAAUUGGCUCUCGAUGCGGUAGAAGAUAUUUGGAACACCUACGAGAAUGCAAAACCCAUCGCCGCCAAAUAUCUCAAAAAAUGGCGCCCGGGAUUUGAGGACCGACUCAAAGGCGAAGAUGAAGAAACGAAAUCAAAUGGCAUGAUUGUCGGUGCUUGA